GUGAAUGGGACUGGGACCGGGGCCCUUGCUGACACCGCUGCGCUCGCCCAGUGCCAGGGACAGCCGGGUAGGAGGUCGCGUCCAUCCGCAAGGGCCCAAGAAAUUACUGUGCUUUGGCUUUGUGGCCCUUUGAAGACAUUCCUUUCUGUUGUCAUCUGUUGAAUGAGCAAUCAGAUGGGUGGAGCAUGUUAUAGGAAUUGGCAGCAGGUAUCCAAUGGGUGAAGAAGAAGCUGACUGGGGAAGUGAACAACCCUGGUGUGAUGUCCUCAGUGAGUGAAGAUAUUCCAUUCCAGAGGAGGUCGACUUGACACAUCAAGGAGGUCGCCAUCUGAAAGAUUACCACUCUGUUGGUAUAGGGAGUGACAGCUGCAUUCUCCUGUGCCUACUGCAUAACCAAAAAUGAAGGAGAACUACUGUUUACAAGCUGCCCUGGUGUGCCUGAGCAUGCUGUACCACAGCCAGGCAUUUGCCCUGGAGCGAAGAAGCCACCUGCGACCCUCAUUCCAUGGACACCAUGAGAAGGGCAAGGAGGGGCAGGUGCUGCAACGCUCCAAGAGAGGUUGGGUCUGGAACCAGUUCUUUGUGAUAGAAGAGUACACCGGGCCUGACCCUGUGCUUGUGGGCAGGCUUCAUUCUGACAUUGACUCUGGUGAUGGGAACAUUAAAUACAUUCUCUCAGGUGAAGGAGCGGGAACCAUUUUUGUGAUUGAUGACAAAUCAGGGAACAUUCAUGCCACCAAGACACUGGACCGAGAGGAGAGAGCCCAGUACACACUGAUGGCUCAGGCGGUGGACAGGGACACCAACAGGCCACUGGAACCACCUUCAGAAUUCAUUGUUAAGGUCCAGGACAUUAAUGACAACCCUCCAGAGUUUCUGCAUGAAACCUAUCAUGCCAAUGUGCCUGAGAGGUCCAAUGUGGGAACAUCAGUAAUCCAAGUGACAGCCUCUGAUGCAGAUGAUCCCACCUAUGGAAAUAGUGCCAAGUUAGUGUAUAGUAUCCUUGAAGGACAACCUUACUUCUCAGUGGAGGCCCAAACAGGCAUCAUCAGAACAGCCCUUCCCAAUAUGGACAGAGAAGCCAAGGAAGAAUACCACGUGGUGAUCCAGGCCAAGGACAUGGGUGGACACAUGGGCGGACUCUCAGGGACAACCAAAGUGACGAUCACACUGACUGAUGUCAACGACAAUCCACCAAAGUUUCCACAGAGCGUGUACCAGAUGUCUGUUUCAGAAGCAGCUGUCCCGGGGGAGGAAGUAGGAAGGGUGAAGGCUAAAGACCCAGACAUCGGAGAAAAUGGCUUAGUCACAUACAAUAUUGUUGAUGGAGACGGCAUAGAUCUGUUUGAAAUCACAACAGACUAUGAAACACAGGACGGUGUGGUGAAGCUGAAAAAGCCUGUAGAUUUUGAAACCAAAAGAGCAUAUAGCUUGAAGGUAGAGGCUGCCAAUGUUCACAUUGACCCUAAGUUCAUCAGCAAUGGACCUUUCAAGGACACUGUGACUGUCAAGAUUGCAGUCGAAGAUGCUGAUGAGCCUCCCAUGUUCUUGGCCCCAAGUUAUAUCCACGAAGUUCAAGAAAAUGCAGCUGCUGGCACUGUGGUUGGAAGAGUACAUGCCAAAGACCCAGAUGCUGCCAACAGCCCAAUAAGGUAUUCAAUUGAUCGUCAUACUGACCUCGACAGGUUUUUCACGAUUAAUCCAGAAGAUGGUUUUAUUAAAACUACGAAACCUCUAGAUAGGGAAGAAACUGCCUGGCUCAACAUCACUGUCUUUGCAGCAGAAAUUCACAACAGACAUCAGGAAGCCAAAGUCCCAGUGGCCAUCAGGGUCCUGGAUGUCAAUGACAAUGCUCCUAAGUUUGCUGCCCCUUAUGAAGGCUUUAUCUGUGAGAGCGAUCACCCCAAGCCACUCUCGAACCAGCCAAUAGUUACAGUUAGUGCAGAUGACCAGGACGACACAGCCAAUGGACCAAGAUUUAUCUUCAGCCUACCCCCUGAAAUCAUUCACAACCCAAAUUUCACAGUAAGAGAUAACAGAGAUAACACUGCAGGAGUAUAUGCCCGACGUGGAGGGUUCAGUCGGCAGAAGCAGGACUUCUACCUCCUGCCCAUUGUGAUCAGUGACGGUGGCAUCCCGCCUAUGAGUAGCACCAAUACCCUCACUAUCAAAGUCUGUGGGUGUGAUGUGAAUGGGGCACUGUUGUCCUGUAAUGCAGAAGCCUAUAUCCUGAAUGCUGGUCUGAGCACCGGGGCGCUGAUCGCCAUCCUUGCCUGCAUCGUCAUUCUUCUGGUCAUCGUUGUGUUGUUUGUGACCCUGAGGAGGCAAAAGAAAGAACCACUCAUCGUAUUUGAAGAAGAGGAUGUCCGUGAGAACAUCAUAACCUAUGAUGAUGAAGGGGGUGGUGAGGAAGACACUGAAGCCUUCGACAUUGCCACCCUGCAGAAUCCUGACGGUAUCAAUGGAUUUAUCCCUCGCAAAGAUAUCAAACCUGAGUAUCAGUACAUGCCUAGACCUGGGCUGCGACCAGCACCCAACAGUGUGGAUGUGGACGACUUCAUCAACACAAGAAUACAGGAGGCGGAUAAUGAUCCCACGGCCCCUCCCUAUGACUCCAUUCAAAUCUAUGGUUAUGAGGGCAGGGGUUCCGUGGCUGGGUCCCUGAGCUCCUUGGAGUCUGCAACCACAGAUUCAGACCUGGACUACGACUAUCUACAGAACUGGGGACCUCGUUUUAAGAAACUAGCAGACUUGUAUGGCUCCAAAGACACUUUUGAUGAUGACUCUUAACAAUAAUGAUACAAAUUUGGCCUUAAGAACUGUGUCUGGCAUUCUCAAGAAUCUAGAAGAUGUGUAAACAGGUAUUUUUUUAAAUCAAGGAAAGGCUCAUUUAAAACAAGCAGAGUUUUACAGAGAGGAAACAUUUAAUAAAACUGCAAGGACAUCAAAGUGGAAAAUACUGUGAAGUACCUUUUCCCACUCAAAAAGCAAAUAUUGAAGUUGUUUAUCAACUUCACUAGAGAAAACCACUUGGCACACAAAAUAUUUAAAUGAAGGAGAAGUCCACGGUGAACUUUCAAAGAAGGGAAAUCGUCUAUGUGUUAGGAACAUCUAAGUCUCUCUUAUUUUAUUUUUUAAUUUGUCAAAGAAGCUUCCACGAAAUUAGAAAGGACAACAGUUCUGAGCUGUAAUUUCGCCUUAAACUAUGGACACUCUAUCUGUAGUGCGUUUUUAAACUUGAAAUAUAUAAUAUCCAGCCAGCUUAAACCCAUACAAUGUAUGUACAAUACAAUGUACAAUUAUGUCUCUUGAGCAUCAAUCUUGUUACUGCUGAUUCUUGUAAAUCUUUUUGCUUCUACUUUCAUCCUAAACUAAUACGUGCCAGAUAUAACUGUCUUGUUUCAGUGAGGAGCACCCUAUUUCUAUGUCAUUUUUAAUGUAUCUAUUUGUACAAUUUUAAAGUUCUUAUUUUAGUAUACAUACAAAUAUCAGUAUUCUGACAUGUACGAAAAUGUUACAGCAUCACACUUAUAUUUUAUGAACAUUGUACUGUUGCUUUAAUAUGAGCUUCAAUAUAAGAAGCAACCUUUGAAAUAAAAAAAAAAAGAUUCUUUUUUAA